AGUAGCAGAGGCUGCGUCCGCCGCGGUGGGUUGGAUUUUAACAAGUCUUCUCGCCUCUCCUCGUCCCCGGAUUCCCCAUUGCAUUAUUUUUUUUACGGAUUGUUUCCAUGCGCCUUUAGAUAAUACAACAUCGACCGUCAAUCAUCGAUGCUGUUCUUUGCAAGUGCGACUUCCCCGGGGCUAUGGAUUGACUUGAAGAUUCUUCCAAACCCCGCUAGCUAAGACUUAAGUUCAAGAAAACAAUCAGACCCUCGCUCGUAGUGUGUCCCUACCUCUGCUGGCUAUUGAGCUAGCUAGCUACAUGUUUCACCUGGCUAGUUUCAAACCUAGCUGGUCCCGGAUGUUUUUGAAGAUCAUUGGAAUCAAACAUUGAACUGCUUCGCUUGCCACAAAGGGUGGACCGAAGGGGACGGAGGAGGAUUUAAAAACACGGAUUUUCCUAGAGGCUUUUCUUCAAACAUUUAUUUUCUGAAAAGUGAUGGCGGAGCGGGGAGCACGAUUGCUCCUCUCUCUCUCCUGUCUCACCUUUCUUUACUCGCCUGCCGCGGCUAGGCAUGCCGACAAAGGCUCGGCCGUGAGGCACUUCACCCCGUUCUGGUUUUCGGUGGAGCCGGUGGACACCCUGGCGGUGAGGGGGGCCCCUGCGCUGCUGAACUGCUCAGCGCACAGCGACACCCCGGCGAGGGUGGAGUGGAAGAAGGAUGGCACCUUCCUCAACCCGGCAACCGACGACCGGCGCCAGCUGCUGCCCGACGGGUCCCUGCUCAUCACCAGCGUGGUCCACUCCAAGCACAACAAGCCCGACGAGGGCGUGUACCAGUGCGUGGCCACCAUUGACACCCUGGGCACCAUCAGCAGCCGCACCGCGCGCCUCACUGUGGCCGGCCUGCCCAGGUUCUCCAGCCAGCCCGAGUCAACCUCCAUACGCCAGGGCGACAGCGCGGUUCUAGCCUGCGAUGUCAACCAGGACCUGGUGCCCUUCACCCGCUGGGAGCGCAACAGGGAGCCCCUGGAGCUGGGCCGCAGGCUCGUCCAGCUCCCCACCGGCACCCUGGUGGUCAGCAACGCCUCGGAGGCCGAUGCGGGACAGUACCGCUGCGUGGUGGAGAAUGUGGGGCCCGUGAAGACCAGCGAAGAGGCCGAGCUCCAAGUCCUGCCAGAAACGGAGGCAGAGAGAAAGCUGGAGUUCCUUCGGCAGCCAGUCCCUGUGACGAAGGCGGUGGGCGAGGACGUCCUCCUCCCCUGCGUGGUGACGGGGUACCCUGCCCCCGAGGUCAGGUGGAUGCUGGGAGAGAAGCUGGUGGAAGAGAGCGAGGGACGGAUCGCCAUGGUAGGCGGGGGCAACCUACAGAUCCAAAACCUGACCGAAGAGGAUGCUGGGAUAUACAGCUGCCUGGCCGACAACGGGAACGAGACCAUCGAGGCCCAGGCAGAGCUGACCGUUCAAGUUCCCCCGCAGUUCCUGAAGAAACCCGCCAACAUCCAUGCUCACGAGUCCCGGGACAUCAUCUUCGAGUGUGAGGUGACGGGCUCGCCGCCCCCCACCGUCAAGUGGGUGAAGAACGGAGACGCUGUCAUCCCCAGCGACUACUUUAAAAUCAUCAAGGAGCACAACCUGCAGGUUCUGGGCCUGGUCAAGUCGGAUGAGGGCUUCUACCAGUGUCUGGCGGAGAACGACGCGGGAAACAUCCAGGCCAGCGCCCAACUUAUCAUCCUGGACCAUGAUGUUGCUAUCCCUACACCCUCCCCCACCUCACUGACCAGUGCUACUGCUGACCAUGUAGCGCCAGGCACCAGUGGCAGUGGUGGCCCCGCCCCCUCUGCUCCGCGGGACGUCAUGGCCUCGCUGGUCUCCACCCGCUUCAUCAAGCUCACCUGGCGGGUACCUGCCGAGACCCACGGGGACAACAUCACCUACUCGGUGUACUACGGCAUGGAAGGGACCAGCAGGGAGCGAAUACAGAACACCAGCCGCCCUGGGGAGUUGCAGGUCACCAUCCAAAACCUCAUGCCCGACAACAAGUACGUGUUCCGUGUGGUGGCGCACAACAGGAACGGCCCGGGCGAGAGCUCCACCCCCCUCAAGGUGGCCACCCAGCCAGAAGUCCAAGUGCCGGGGCCUGCCCCCAACCUGCAGGCUGUGGCCAGCUCCCCCACCUCCAUCACCAUCAGCUGGGAGGUUCCGCUGACGGGCAACGGCGAGAUCCAGACCUACAAGCUGUACUACAUGGAGAAGGGCAUGGACAACGAGCAGGAUAUUGACGUGUCCGGUCUGUCCUACACCAUGACCGGGCUGAAGAAGUACGCUGAGUACAGCUUCCGGGUGGUGGCCUACAACAAGCAUGGACCCGGGGUAUCCACCGAGGAUGUGGUGGUGCACACCUUAUCAGACGUGCCCAGCGCUCCCCCGCAGAACCUCACUCUGGAAGUGCAGAACUCAAAGAGUGUGAUGGUGCGGUGGCAGCCCCCACCCCCUGGAACCCACAACGGGGAGAUCAUCGGCUACAAGAUCCGGUACCGGAAAGGGGUUCGGAAGAGCGAGGCAGCCGAGACCACGGGUGGCACCCAGCUCUUCCAGCUCAUCGACGGUCUGGAGCGUGGGACGGAGUACACGUUUCGAGUGUCGGCCAUCACGGUGAACGGAACUGGCCCCGCCACCGAGUGGGCCUCUGCCGAGACCUUCGAGAGUGAUCUGGACGAGACCCGAGUUCCCGACAUCCCCAGCUCCUUGCACGUACGGCCGCUGGUCAACAGCAUCGUGGUGAGCUGGACGCCGCCAGAGAGCCAGGACAUCGUGGUGCGGGGCUACACCAUCGGCUACGGCAUCGGCAGCCCCCACGCCCAGACCAUCAAAGUGGAUUACAAACAGCGGUACUACAGCAUCGAGAACCUUGAUCCAAGCUCACACUAUGUGAUCACGCUGAAGGCCUUCAACAAUGUGGGGGAGGGGAUACCUGUGUACGAGAGCGCCAUCACCAGGCCCCAGUCAGACCCCAUAGACCCUGAUGUUGAUUUGUACGAACUUUUCCAUGCUCCAUACACUCCAGUACCAGACCCCACCCCCAUGCUGCCACCCGUGGGAGUUCAGGCCUCUGUUCUGAGCCACGACACCAUCAAGGUGACCUGGGCCGAUAACUCGCUGCCCAAGAACCAGAAGAUCACGGACGCCCGGUACUACACGGUGCGCUGGAAGACCAACAUCCCGGCCAACACCAAGUUCAAGACCGCCAACACCACCAACCUGAGCCACAUGGUAACUGGCCUGAAGCCCAACACUCUGUACGAGUUCUCCGUCAUGGUCACCAAGGGAAGGCGGACCAGUACCUGGAGUAUGACGGCCCACGGGACCACCUUCGAGACGAUACCCAGUUCUUCACCCAAAGAUGUGACGGUGGUGAGUAAGGAGGGGAGACCACGCACCAUUAUUGUCAACUGGCAGCCCCCUUCUGAGGCCAACGGCAAAAUCACAGGGUAUAUAAUAUACUACAGCACGGAGGUGAAUGCGGAGGUCCACGACUGGGUGAUCGAGCCAGUGGUGGGGAACAGACUGACCCACCAGAUCCAAGAGCUCACCCUGGAUACCACCUACUACUUCAAGAUACAGGCCCGCAACUCCAAGGGCAUGGGCCCGAUGUCGGAGGCCGUACAUUUCCGCACCCCCAAAGCUGAAUCUUCUGACAAAAUGGCUAAUGAUCAAGCCUCCGGGGGCCCAGUGAAGCCAGGUGGUGGACCCCCUGCCCCAGACCAUGGCUUCGGCUCGCCAGUCGGCAAAUCGGGCGUGACAGGAGGGGGCGAGAACCACAUUCUCGUCAUCGUCAUCAUCAUCUCGGUGGGCGCAUUCACCAUCAUCGUGGUGAUGGUGGGGGCCUUCCUGUGCACUCGCCGCACCACGUCUCACCAGAAAAAGAAACGGGCAGCCUGCAAGUCCACCAACGGCUCCCACAAGUACAAGGGCAACUCCAAGGACCUGAAGCCCCCGGACCUGUGGAUCCACCACGAGCGCUUGGAGCUGAAGCCCAUGGACAAGUCCCCCGAGCCCAACCCGGUGAUGACCGACACGCCCAUCCCCCGCACCUCCCAGGACAUCACGCCCGUGGAUGGCCCCAUGGACAACCCCAUCCACCAGCGACGCAACUCCUACCGCGGCCACGAGUCAGAGGACAGCAUGUCUACACUGGCAGGGCGGCGGGGGAUGAGACCCAAAAUGAUGAUGCCCUUUGAUGCUCAGCCCCCACAGCCUGUGAUUAGUGCUCACCCCAUCCAUUCCCUCGAUAACCAUCACCACCAUUAUCACUCGGGCAGCCUGGCCUCGCCGACACGCAGCUACCUCCACCACCAGGUCAACCCUCGGCCCCUCGCCACCCCCAUCUCCCACCUAGACAGGGCCGACUCCGCAGAGUCGGUGAGAAACACCCCCAACACAGACCCCCUACCGGCCACGGGGCAGACUGCCUCCGCGGCCGACCGCUCAGAGACCGACAGCACUUUUCUCGGCUCCGCCCCCGAGGAAGAGCCCAGCUACAACCCCCCCACUGCGCACGUCCGCCCCACCCACCCCCUCAAGAGCUUUGCCGUGCCUGCCGUUCCCGCCCACAACCCCACCUUUGAGUCGCCAGCCCUCCCCAGCACCCCUCUGCUCUCUCAGACUGUGUGUGCUGACGUUUCAGGCCCCGCCUCCCAGCUGCACUCAGUGAAGACAGCGUCCAUCGGAACCUUGGGCAGGACACGCACGCCCAUGCCCGUCACGGUGCCCAGCGCCCCCGACGUGCCCGAGACCAGCAAGAUGCUGGAGGAUGUAGAGAGUAGCUACGAGACAGAUGAGUUGACGGAGGAAAUGGCCCAUCUGGAGGGUCUGAUGAAGGACCUGAACGCCAUCACCACGGCCUGAGCCCCACUCCCUCGUUCCCCCCUC